AUGAGUAACCCUCAAAUAAUCCUUGCUGAUAAUUGUAAAAAAAUAUUAACUAUUUUAAAUAAUAUUGCCAAGAAUGAAGAUAACACUCCUCUUAUAGGUUAUCCUGUUCUUAUUGGGUCACGUGCUACAAAAUGGCAUAAUUCUUCUUUCCGUGAACCUAAUGAUUGGGAUUUGGUGGCAACUCCUUCACAAACAACUUUAUUUAUUAAUAAAGUUGAAGAAUCUAUUGCAACUUUUAGAAAAAUAAAAUUAAUUCAUUAUCCAGGAGGUGGUCUAAAACUUGUUGGAGAGUAUAUUGAUCAAUCUACAGAUGAAAAAUCUAUUAGUUUUGAUAUUGAACUUGUCUCUGAGAAAGUGGAUCUCAGGAACAUGAAAUUAAUUAUGAGUUUGAAUAAAGAAGAGAGUGAUGAUGAAGAUGAAAGUGAUAAGGAUGAUGAUCAAUAUUACAGACGUUACAGACGUUAUUUUAAGAGAUAUAAUUUUGAUGAUGAUUCUGAGAAUUCUGAAAAUAAUAAUGAUGAUGAUUCUGAAAAUUCUGAAAAUAAUAAGGAUGAUGAUAAUAAGGGCAAUACACAAGAUGAUGAUGAAAUCAAUAAAAUUGAAUUUGAAAUGUUUGAUGAUCCUAAACCAAAAAUAAGUGCUCUAAUGAUUUUAGAAUUAUGUCGUAAUAUUGAAGAUAAAACAAUACUUCCAUUAUUGUCAAAUUAUUUAUGUAUUGUUGCUCCAUUGAAAAUCCUUGAAGCUUUGAAAACAUCUCAUAUUUAUUGGCCAGAAGAUUUUUAUAAAAAUAUCUCAGAUUUACAUUGGUUGAGAAUUUUAUUAGAUUAUAAUAAAGUUUCACCAAUUCAACCACUAUGUAGUCCACAACGUGAUGAAUUAAUUGAACUUAUGUUGAAAACUCGUAUUAAAGAAACUGAAAUUAUACGAGGUAAUCCAGGUGCACAUAUCAAUUUAAAUAUGUCCAAUGAAGAUUUCUUAGAAAAUGAAGAUAAUCUUUUUGUACAAACACGUGUUCCUCAUGAUGAUUUACAUGAACUCGUUAAAUAUGGCGAUCAUCCGAUUUACCAAGGCUUAAAGGAUGACCAGUCUAAAGCGUGGAUAAAAAAAUCACUUUUUGAAAAACUUGACUAUCAAACAAAAAUUAAUUGUGUUAAAGAAGAAGCAAUGGCUAUUGCACUUGAAAGAUAUCUUAUUCCAAUGAUCUCCAAUAAUCAAGAAAAUUCUUAUAAAUCGGCACUUGUUAGGAUCUGUACUACAUUAACUAAAGGCUGGUAUCGUAAAUUUGCAAUUGAUAAUUAUCCUCGACUUUCAAACCUUGAUAAAGAUUUAUUAUCAAUUGCUAAUAAUAUAAUUGAGAAAUUUCCUAUAAAACAAAAAAAGCCAGAUAUAAUAUUACUUGAUCCAGAAACUCAAGCUAUUUUUGAGUCUAUUCGUCCAUAUACCAAAACAAUUUCUUCAUUUGAUGAAUUUGAGAUUGAUAAUCGUGGUUCUGAAGUUGAAAUUGAAAGAACUGGAAUUAAGAUUACUUCUCCUGUAAAUGAUGACAUAUCAGUAACAGCUAUUAUUACAACUGUGUGUAUAUCUAUCACUGAGGAAGUUUGCACUCCAUCUGCUGAUUGGACAGCAUCUGUUGUAAUCUUACCUACUAAUGACAUGGAAAUCUUAAGAAAUUUGUCUAAUUUUUCAUUUAUAGAUCCAUUGAACAUUCAUCCUUAUUAUGAAAGUUACUGUUCAAAAUUUUUAAAUCUUACCUCUAAGAAUACAUUUGUACUUGCAAUUGACGCAAGUAGUGGUAGUAGUUGGGGAGUAGGACAAGAUGUUUGGAAAUCAAGAUGUGUUGAAGCUAAAUCAGCUGAUUAUGUUGCUAGUUUACUUGAAAUCCCUGAUCUUACUGGUGAUUUAUUAUUUAAAUAUGUAUUGGAUUAUUUGAAACCAACUUUAAAACAUAAUGGUGAGACACCACUUAAAAAUUGGAUCAAUACAUUGAAAGUUAAAGGAGAUAUUCCAAUGGUACCAAACCAACAUCUUUGGUAUAAUGCUUGGAAUUAUAAAUUGAAUAAAAAAUCCAAAAAAUCUCACCAUUAG